AAGCUGACAUGGCAGUGCAUGCCUGUAUUCACUAUUACUGGGGAGGCUGAGGCUGUUGGAUUGCUUGAGCUUGGGAGUUCUGAGCUAGCGCCUGGAAGUGAGAAGCCACCAGGCUGCCCAAGGAAGAACGAAGAAAACCCAGGUGAGAAAGGGCAGGUCAAAGCUUCUGAACCCGUGAGUGGGUCCUGCAUUUCCAGUGUGGAUGACAUAGGGAGACCCAAUCUCUCUCCCCUCCAUAAAGAAAGGUUAAGUGCUUUUAUAUGGAUUCCUCUGCCUUCAACCAGCUCCAGAAUUUCCUCCCAUCCAGAUAUUUCAGAAAUACCCCAGAACCAUCCAUUCCUGCAGCUGCACUUGUCACUGGAAAGGUAAAGCAAGACAGGAUACCAUAGAACGAAGGCAACCUCCAUCACCCUAGAGCGGCAGGAAAUGCUUCUAUACGGGGGAACGACCAUACAAGGGCUUCCGGUUACUCGCUCUGAUUCUUCUGGACCACUCGCCCCUGGCCUCAACAAUGAAACCUACCGCGAGAGGGGAGGAGGAGAGAAAACCUCCACAUCAUGGAGGAUGAGGCCUGGGGUUCUGGAGGGAACUCGCCCUCAACAUAUUUUAGGAAAGGAGCGCUUGGAGUUCCGAGGCGUCUGGUUGCCCUACGGUUUCCAAUGACCAGACUGGACCUGAUUUUCUGAAUAGAACAGGGAGCAAAGCCAUGGAAUCCUGAAAAGAGGGAUGUGGAUAGGAGUUUCCACUCAGGAACUAAAGACAAGAAAGAAGAGGAAAUUCCAAUGGGAGAAGGACUUCCAGAAAAGGGAUCUGAUUGGAUAUUCUCUGGGGCUUAUCCUGGGAAUGAGGAAUCUUACACGUUGCCUUCAAUUGGGUUAGCCAAAGUCUGCUCCCAAAGUCCUGAGGCUGGGGAACCUCAAGGGGUUCCCUCAGAUCAGACUGAUAGGGCUAUUUUGGAGAAGAGAUGGAACCAAAUCACUUCUUGGGAAAAACAGCUGAAACCUUUCCUCCUCAGCCCCUUUCCACAAGCAUCCUUUCCCCACGGAACUCCCUAUCAUUGUGAUGACUGUGGGAAAAGUUUUUGUCUGAAGUCCAACCUUCUGACCCACCAACAAACCCACACUGGAAGGAGACUAUAUCAAUGUCCUUGGUGUGGGGACAGCUUUGGAGACUACACCAGUCUGUCCACCCAUCAGAAAGAUCACAGUGGGGAAAGGUCUCACAACUGCCCAGAGUGUGGAAAAUGCUUCAACGAUGCUACCAAUCUCAGCACUCAUCUUAGGGUUCACACGGGGGAGAAGCCCUAUCAAUGCCCUGUGUGUGGGAAAAGCUUUAGUCAGAGCUCUGGUCUUAUCCGACACCAAAGAACCCACACUGGUGAAAAGCCUUAUACAUGUGCUGAGUGUGGCAAAGGGUUCCGGCAGAGCUCAGAUCUUGCGGAACACCAUCGUACUCACACUGGGGAGAAGCCUUAUACCUGUGGAGACUGUGGCCAGAGCUUUGCCAGGCCCUCUAAUUUGGUUCAUCACCGGCGCACCCAUGCUUCCAAUCGGGUUUUCUGUUGUCUAGAAUGUGGAAAGAGCUUCCAGCACAGCACCAGCUUGAGUCGCCACCGGAAAACUCAUACUGGGGAAAAACCUUAUCGAUGUCCUGAAUGUGGCGACAAUUUCAGCCAGAGCUCCAACCUCCUGACCCAUCAAAGAAGUCAUACAUUAGAGAAACCAUACAAAUGCCCAGAUUGUGGAAGGAGUUUCAACCGGGCUUCUAACCUCCUCCAGCACCAACAGACCCACAGUCCAGACAAACCCUAUAAAUGCCCAUACUGUGAGAAGGCCUUUAGCCGAAGCUCCAACUUCAUCACCCAUCAGGGUACCCACACAGGGGACAAACCAUAUAAAUGCCUGCAGUGUGGGAAAGGCUUCAGAUCUGGUUCCAACUUGAUUCAGCAUCAUGAAACCCACAUGGGAAGCAAAUCCUAAAAAGACGUAGGAAGAAAUGGGC